CGGAGCCCGAGCCGGACUGUCGGGGAGCUGCCGGGAGCUCGGCGGUGACUGGGCUGGAGCAACCCGGCCGAGAACGCCGCGGCUGCAGACAAAGGGCCGCCGCGCUCCAUCUGCCUCGGGAAGGGGACUCUGAAAGAUGCUGCAUUCCUGCAGUCCUACCACAUCCUGCGGAGCAGUCUUAGUCAAGGUGGCUCAGAUGAGUGGGUGAAGGAGGAUACGACCCAUCCGAAGCCUCUGGAGGGUCCUGGCCUGGCAGCUGAGUUCCUUUUGGACUUGGGACAGCUGGUGUAACUGCAAAGCUCAUGAGAGAGUGUGGCUUUUCCCAGGUCUUUACUCACCAAACUGGUUGGGGCUUUGGACUCUAAAGGGAACUUGUAGGAAGGUAAACUGGCAGAAAUGAAAAGAAGCCCCUAGAACUUUCUAGAAUCCACUAACACUAGAUCGCCUCUUACUGCUCAGGGCAGAGAAGGGAGGCUGUGAUCCGAUUAAGCUUUGGACCCACUUAAGUAAAGCAACCCAGCUCAGCAAGCAGUUCCUGCAUUUGGGCCAGACGGAAGGAUUCGGAGGGGGAGAGUUGCUGCAUAUUUUACUUUGAGAUCCGUGGAGAUAGAAGAUAAGGACACUGGCUUUUCCUUCUAGUAAUGCCAGAUCUGGAAGAAGCAUGAACCAUUUUCGGCGUCUAGGAAGGUUCUUGGAGCACAGGAGUUGGUGGCAAACCCUCCCAGUACAGAUGAGAACCGCUGCCGCAUCCCGCUGAGCACGUCAGUGAGCAAGGACUUGCAGUCAGCCGUUCCUGUCCCCUGGCAGCAGUGACCUCACCAGGAGCAAAAGCAUCUCUCAGCUGUGAGGUUUGACAGAAUGAGGUGUGCUGGGGGAACCACUAGCUGGAACUUGGCCUUUCCUGAUUGCCCCUGCCUCCCCCAGAUGGCCCCAGACCACUGAGUCAACAAUGGCCGAGAAAGGGGACUGCCUCGCCAGUGUCUACGGGUAUGACCUUGGAGGACGCUUCACUGACUUCCAACCCCUAGGCUUUGGGGUCAACGGGCUGGUGCUGUCGGCUGUGGACAGCAGGGCUUGCCGGAAGGUAGCUGUAAAGAAGAUUGCUCUGAGCGAUGCCCGAAGCAUGAAGCAUGCGCUCCGAGAGAUCAAAAUCAUCCGGCGCCUGGACCACGACAACAUUGUCAAGGUCUAUGAGGUACUAGGACCCAAGGGUAGCGAUCUGCAGGGCGAGCUCUUCAAGUUCAGCGUGGCCUACAUUGUCCAAGAGUACAUGCAGACGGACCUGGCACACCUGCUGGAGCAGGGCACGCUGACCGAGGAGCAUGCCAAGCUCUUCAUGUACCAGCUGCUCCGUGGGCUCAAGUACAUCCACUCUGCUAAUGUGUUGCACAGGGACCUGAAGCCUGCCAACAUUUUCAUCAGCACAGAGGACCUUGUGCUCAAGAUUGGGGAUUUCGGGUUGGCAAGAAUUGUGGAUCAGCAUUACUCACACAAGGAGGAUGUGCCAGAACUGGAGCGACCUUCUUGAGAUCAUGAGGCAGUAACCCAAAGGAGAAAAAAACUAAACAGACCAAGGGAAUGGAGAAGAGAUGGAAAGAGCCCAAGUCAAUCAUGACAUCAUUCAUGUUGCUGAGUCAGCUCUCGAGGUGCACCUAUGCAGGUUUUUGUUAAGACAAUAAAUACUCUUAUGAGUAAGCCAGUCUUCAUCAGUUUCUCUCAUUGGCAUCUGAAAGCACCCCAGUAGGCUCAGGUCCCCGAUUCCUUUGCUAUCUUCUUCUGCAGUCUAGGUUACCUGUAAAAAUUCCUUUUAUUCCAAAAGCAAACGUUUUGGAACACAGUAUACCAGGUACUUU